AUGUCCCCCACGCAUCACAGCUGGAGUAGAACCAUCAACAUUCGACAGAUGAGAGGUCGGCCAAUCGGACAAUUGGAUGACGCCAGAUUCCCAAAGCAUUUCUUGUGGCUGGUGCCUGUGCUUGCCUACACUACCGAGGCCUCGCACCGCAACUCUUUCGGUCUGCAGGCUGAAAACGAAGAGGCGACUGGCGAGAAUUCGCGGCCUAACUGUCUUUGGCGUCAGCUGAGUCUGUACCUGACUUCUGAGCAGGCGCACAGUUUGAAAUCAUCAAACUCUUCGAAGUAUCUCAAACGAACAAACAUAGAGCCCGAGUCUGUAUCUCAGAGAAUGGCAGAGAAGCAAGGUCAGCCUUCAGGGUCUGAUGUUUCUAAGGUCGAAAGCGAUAUCUCUCAGACUCUCGGACUCGCCGGGGCUCUUACUACAUUGGUCUCCAAGCCUGCCUCCUUUCUCUACAAUAACUAUACCAGAGAGCAGGCGCAGAAUCGAAGCCUCGGAUUCUGA